CGCCCGCCGCUCUCCUCGCUCACCGCCGCGCUUCACCGCUUCUCCCAUCGGCGUUCCCAACUCCCUCCCUGCUUCUUUUUUUCCCCGGCUUCUUCUCGGGGUUUUUACGGGCGUGAUCGUGAAUCAGUUCUCGGACCUACAGAAACUCGCCAUGGGUCGCUCCUCCAAGGACAAACGCGACAUUUACUACCGGCUGGCCAAGGAAGAGGGUUGGCGCGCCCGCAGCGCCUUCAAGCUGCUCCAGCUUGACCAGCGUUUUGAUCUUUUUCGGGGGGUGCAUCGCGCCGUCGAUCUCUGCGCGGCCCCCGGGAGUUGGAGUCAGGUGUUGAGCCGUAAGCUCAGGGGGUCCCCGGGGUCCCCGGUGCAGGUGGUGGCGGUGGAUCUCCAGGCCAUGGCCCCCCUCCCGGGGGUGCUGCAGAUCCAGGGGGACAUCACCAAGGUCUCCACGGCCCAGGAGAUCCAACGCCACUUCGAGGGGCAACCGGCUGACCUGGUGGUCUGCGACGGGGCCCCCGACGUGACGGGGCUGCACGACCUGGACGAGUACAUCCAGGCUCAACUGCUGCUGGCGGCGCUGAACAUCACCACCCACGUCUUGAAGAAGGGCGGCACCUUCGUGGCUAAGAUUUUCCGAGGGAAGGAGGUGACGCUGCUUUAUGCCCAACUUCGCCUCUUUUUCUCCGACGUCACCUGCGCCAAACCCCGCAGCAGCCGCAACUCCAGCAUCGAAGCUUUUGUCGUCUGCCGUGGUUACAGCCCCCCCGAGGGCUACGUCCCCACCACGGACAACCCGCUGCUCGACCCCGAUGCGGGCCUGGCCCUGUCCCAGCUCUCGGGUCCCUCCCGGGUGAUCGUCCCCUUCGUGGCUUGCGGGGACCUGAGCGCCUACGACCCCGACCGUACCUACCCCCUGCAGCUGGACCCCGAGAAGCCCUACAGCUACGUGCCCCCCCCCGCGCCCCCCAUCGCCCCCCCCUACGCCCGGGCGUGUUUCCUGCGCCGUCACCACCGGCUGGCGAGCGUGCGAGGGCCCUCGUGCGACGACGGGGGCGUGCGAGGGCCCUCGUGCGACGAGGAGGAAGAGGAAGGAGCCUCGUGCGAGGACCCGGAACGGCAAGACCCUGGUGCGGGGACCCCCUCGUGCGAGGCGGCGUGCGUGCAAGGACCCUCGUGCGAGGCG